AAAAAAUAUUUAAUUGCAGCAAAUAAAACAUUGGAGUAAUUUAAGGCUCAAAUCAGCUCUCAUACACUCAGUACAUACUGACACUGUUACCAUGGUAAUGCUUCAGUUUUGACAAAGCACCCUUCCGUCUCAAGCACAAGGUUUUGGGUUCAAACCCCAGCCUUGCAUUCAUUGCAUCUGGGAUAAAAUGUGUGAUAACUGAUACGACAAGCUCAAACAAUUAUUUUUAGUUUCAUUAGAGCUCAAAGAACAACUGAAUUUAAUUUGGAUUUGGAAGAAAUCAAGGCUUGGGUUUUCAAACCAUGAGGUUCAGCACAGAGAAGAAUAUCACCAUCUCAUCGAGAAACACUUCACAUGUUGACAGAAUGUGAAGCCUCAAAAUGUUCACUGUGUCAAAAGGUCCACCGGACUUAUCAGCAGGUCAGAAACCCUUAUCACAAAAGUGUUGAGAUGUUCCUCUUUCACAGUGAUUUAUCACAGUGUGAACAUGUAUGAACCACAGAGUUUUUACUGGGAAACUGGAUGAUUUACAGAUGUGUCCAACAGCAAUAUGUUGUGUGGUUGCCCAAAAUGUUGCUGUCACAUGUGACCCUGCUGGGCUGGUCUUACAAAGAAAAAAAAUAAAAGCAUUGUCUGAGUUUGCAUGACAUCAUUUCCUGAAAAAAUAUAUGUGUUAGAAAACAGCAGCUACAGUACGAUUUAGCAAUAAGGAAGAAGUCCGCUGAGGGCACGAUGAUUUCCUUUUCACUGUUUGGACUCUGUCUCUUCUCUCUGGCACAGGCAGCUUUGGGACUUCAUCCAUCUGAUCAUGUGGUCGUGUUUGCAUCCUUGGGAAAUAGUGUUACUUUGCCAUGUGGCAGACGCCCCAUUAAAUCCUGCUCCUCUGUUGAGUGGUACUAUGCAGACUUGUUUGCACCACCCACCACAGUGACGAGGGGUGGAAUCUCCCCCAGGUUCAGCCUGCUGAAGGACUGCUCUCUGCAGAUAAAUCACCUGAAGCUCGAUGAUGCACGACAUUACAUUUGUGUCAAAAGCGCAUCCAACUCCAGUGUUUCACUUGAGGUUCUCCAAAUUACUCAGAGAGAAGCGUCUCCAAACUGCAUCAUAGAACUACACUGUUCCCUGAACACAUUUCAAGGACUUGUUCAAGUUUGUAUCCACGAUGGGAUUCGUAUCAACUGGCUUACAGAGGCUAAUACACCCAUAACUGGAAGGAGGUUUCGCGUUGAAAAGUCAAAUGACUGCUUCUCCAAACUGAUCAUCAAUAAAAAACUGACAGAUCAUUACAGGAAAUGGACAUGCCAGCUAACACAGAGAGGGAAAGUUAAAGUCUCUGUCGGUCAUACAACCACAGUGAAAGGUGGUUUACAGGAACUGUUUGCUGCUGUGGGUGAGCCUGCGUCACUCCCCUGUGGAAACACUUCCUUUCUCAGUGUGGGCGAUGCUGUGCAGUGGGAUGUAGGUGAAAAGCCGCUGAUGGGUGAAGGCCAAGUGGAAGGUUUUCAUGUGAACCAAGACUCUUCACUGGUCAUUAGUAAUGUGAGCCGGAUGAACUCUGGUGACUACCAGUGUUUACUUUCCACUGGAGAGAUGAUCAGUAAGAUCAGGCUGCACACGCUUGACAUUACUGCAGAGUACACGUCAGGAGGAGGUAAUCUCACCUUGAUUUGUGUGCUUACCUGUGCGGUUACACAAUGCGACCAUGACUUUAACUUAACUUGGUCUGGAAUGACCCAUCUCGGCCAGCGGAGCAAUUUAAUGAGCUCCAGCAACACUUUUAUCUCCAAACUAUUCCUUCCCGCUGUUCCACUGGCAAAAAAUCAAAUAUUCUGUUCCGUAUACAGAGAUGGAGUUUUAGUAGUAUCAGUGAAGUGGUACUCUGAUAACAGUAAGUAUGCAUUUUGCUGUUGCAUUUGUUCAUACAAAAUUUGCCCUAGUAAUUUGAAUAUUAUGUACACAGCUCUGCAGAUACUGGCAUGGUUGGCCCUUCCUCUAGGUCUCCUGAUAUGUUUCAUGGCAGCAGGAUUUACUUUGUACAUGAGGAGGAAGGAUAAUAAGGAUGCAGGAAAUGAAUCAGCAGGCAUUGGAAUGAGUCACAUUCAUGAGAUUGCUGAGGAUGUUAAUAAUGAUGAACUUCACUGCCAAAGACAAAUGUCCACUACUGACAGUUUCUAUGAUCUCUUACAGGCUGUAAAUUAACUCCAGUCUUAAAGUUUCAUUAUUGCCAUUUAAACCUUGAUCUGUGGCGUCUCUCUCUCUCUC